UUAGCUGCCUACUGCUCUCCUUGGUGAUGGGUUAAAAGCAGAGGCUCAAUUUCGUUGUAUCUUUGUGGUACAAUGACAAUACAGACCAUAAAAUAAAAAUAAAACAAAUUUUAUUGACAAUAUUAUGACAUUUGCAGUUUACUAUAACACUAUAAGGUUAAAGGUCAUCCCAAAGCCACACGAGAGCCUCCUGUAUUUAUUACUUAAAGUUUCAAAGAGUUCGAGUCAAAACAUACAGCCAUAAGGAAAUUAUUAUAUGAUAGAGCCAAUCCCAAUGGUCAAUGGACAAAGCUGCGGUACAACAGUCAACAACAACAAUCAAACAACCAUUCAGGCUCACAUUUUAAAAUGUUACAAAUUAACAAAACAACAACAACAACAAAAUGCUGCAUCCAGCAGCAAAUUAUUAUUAUUUUAUUUUUUCCCCGUUAUACCCUGAGUCUUAAUUAUAGUUUGAUAAAUAAAAUAUGGAUUGUAAGUUUGGGCUGUACAUAUAAAAUUGCCUUGACUUAAAGUGAUUUGUUGUAAUGUUUUUAAGGUUCUCACGUGAAGCAAUAAAAUAAGAAGUUAUGUGUUUGGACAUGUGACAGAGCCACAAACAAUAGUACUUGUUGUUUCCAGCGGGAGUCGCUGGUGGACAUGUGAACCGGCUUUGGGGCAUUACACCGUGUUAAGUCGUCAGCUGCAGACCGAGUCGCUCCUUCAGUAAAAGAAAAAAAAGAAAACAAACAAAAAACAGAAAACAGAUUAGAACUCGCUUCCUUAAAGAAACGGACCUGCUGCUGUAGUAAAGCGUUCUGGAUACUGUCCGUGAUGAGGUGGAUUGACGAUUACGUUGUUGUGGACACUUUGGAUCUUAUUCGUCAUUGAAGUUUGCGAGGCUCAUGUUUCACCGGCGGUUGCUAACAAUAUUAGCCUGGCUAAGCUAGGUAAUUGAGACUGUCUAUCAAAAGUUUUGCACUCUUGUUCACUUUCUUAACACGUUCCGUUUCUUCACUGUCGUGCUAAAAGUUUUACCACCCAGCCCAAUUGUGCAAUAUGGACACGUUUUGUUGCGUUAUUCGCAAGGCUAAAUGUUUAGCACAUUAGCUUGUCGACGUACAAGCGCCGCCAGCAACUUACAACUGCAGAGUAUUAGAGAUCAAACCGCCACAGAAGCAGCGUGUGUUUCUGAGAGUGGCCGGCCUAUAGCCAUGUUUGAAACGGAGACGCACAUUUCGUGGCUUUUCCCGGAGAUUUUAGCCAUUAUCUUCAGUUAUCUGGACGUUAAAGACAAAGGCAGAGUCGCACAAGUGUGCGCGGCCUGGAGAGACGCGUCCUACCACAAGUCGGUGUGGAGGGGGGUGGAAGCCAAGCUCCAUCUGCGACGAGCCAACCCGUCGCUGUUCCCGAGCCUUCAGACCAGAGGGAUCAAAAAAGUCCAGAUCCUCAGCUUGAGGCGAAGUCUGAGUUACGUGAUCCAAGGGAUGCCACACAUCGAAAGCCUUAACCUGUGCGGCUGUUUCAACCUGACGGACAACGGUCUCGGACAUGCCUUUGUGCAGGACAUCCCGUCGCUACGGGUGCUGAAUCUCAGCCUCUGCAAACAGAUCACGGACUCCAGCCUCGGUAGGAUCGCCCAGUACCUAAAGAACCUGGAAGUGCUGGAACUCGGGGGUUGCAGCAACAUUACAAACACGGGCCUGUUGCUCAUCGCCUGGGGCUUACACCGACUCAAGAGUCUGAACCUGCGCAGCUGCAGACAUGUGUCGGACGUGGGCAUCGGGCACUUGUGCGGCAUGACCCGCAGCGCGGCGGAGGGCUGUCUGUCCCUGGAGAAGCUCACUUUGCAGGACUGCCAGAAGUUAACAGAUCUGUCACUCAAACACGUCUCCAAGGGCCUGAACAAACUGAAAGUACUCAACCUGAGCUUCUGUGGAGGGAUAUCAGACGCGGGCAUGAUCCACCUGUCACACAUGUCGCAACUGUGCAGCCUGAACCUGCGCUCCUGUGACAACAUCAGCGACACAGGAAUCACGCAUCUGGCCAUGGGCUCCCUGCGGCUGCGUGGACUGGACGUGUCCUUCUGCGAUAAGAUUGGAGACCAGAGUCUUGCUUACAUUGCACAGGGCUUGUAUCAGCUCAAGUCAUUGUCUCUGUGUUCCUGCCACAUCAGCGACGACGGCAUAAACAGGAUGGUGCGUCAGAUGCAUGAACUGAAGACCCUCAACAUUGGACAGUGUGUAAGAAUCACAGACAAAGGAUUGGAGUUAAUAGCCGACCACCUGACGCAACUGACGGGAAUCGACCUGUAUGGUUGUACUAAGAUAACGAAGAAAGGUCUGGAGAGGAUAACGCAGCUGCCGUGUCUUAAAGUGUUAAACCUGGGACUGUGGCAGAUGACUGAGAGCGAGAGAGUGAGGUGAAAGUCUGUACACGAGGUUCUGUUUGUCAACUGCUCUGUUUUACUGGUUUGACCUUCUAUACCAGGCGUGGGAAAACGUUUUGACUCGCGGGCCACAAUUGUUCCUAAAAUUGAACAGAGGGGCCGAGUCAGGAGCAGAUAGAUGGAGCGUUAGUGUGAACUAAGAUAAAUGACAUGUAAAAGUCAUGUAUAAAGGCUAAAAUGCUAAAACGCUUUCAUCAUUUUAUAUGCCAUCUAUUGGGGAAAUGUGGAUAUUGCAGGGAAAAGGCAGAAGUAUAAUGAUGAUACAAACAAUUAUAUAGAUUGGAAAGAUUUGGCGGGCCAAAUUAACAAAAGCUGAAUGGGCCACAUCCAGCCCCCGGGCCUUAGUUUGCCCAUGCCUGUUCUAUACUGUGACCUUAACACGGAGACCCACUCAGUUAUGGCUGGAGCGUUGUUCACCUCUGUGUAAGCGUCCACUUCCGCUCUGACCAGUAGUCUCUCUAAGGGUGCAAUAUUCAGUGUUAGCCAGUGGUCAGUUCUUAAUUUCUAACUACCUCACUCACCAAACAGAGUUGCCUAACUUUACAGCUUUGUAUUAGAAUAGAUUGUAUAUUUUUGUAACUUGUAUAAUGCAGGAUGUUUUAAUAUUCCAGAAAAUUCCUUUUUUUAAUAGACAUAUUUGAUAGGCCCAGUGUGUAAUAAUUAGUGGCAUUUAAAGUUAGGACUCACCAGUCCAAUGAACUUUUUUCCCCAACUUUUCAGGGAACUAAGGUGGCCUUCAGAUACCAAAAAAAACUUUAUUCCUCCUCCUACUUCUUUUCCAUUGGUUCAUGCGGUGGAGUCGUGUGUACAGAGUUGUUGCCCCUCAUGUUAAUCCUCAGUCUGUUGUGUAUACAUGUAUUUUUUGUAGUAUAUUUAAUUGUCUGCUAAUGAAACAAAAUGUUACACACUGGACUUCUAAUUCCUAACAGCAGGGGGGGCGGAGUGCCUUGGGUUAAACAUUUGAUGAGAAUUUCGUUUUGUCUGUUUUAUCGAUUACUUGAAUAUCCAGUAUUUUUUAUAUUUAAAGACAUGUUGAAAAAAAUAAUACUUCAAAUUGAAGUUUGUUGAAUUUCUUCCGUGUGUUUGCGCUUACGUACACACUGUCGGCCGCACCGGAUGUUCCUGAGGAAAACGCCUAUGUACUACAACUGUUUCUCUACGCUUACUCUCUGUCAACGGUUCGUCAACUAGAAAAUGUAGCAAUUAACUCUCUGCCAAGGCUUUAUUGCAAUACCUUUAACUGCUCCUCGUGGAUUUCCCUUCUGAGGGGGCUUUCAUAAUAAUUUCAGAGUAUUUGUUGAACAAAACAGGAAUUAAAAGAUUGUUUUAUAUUCAUACAGUAGUGAUAUUUAAGAAUAAAGUUAGAACAUGCUA